UGUUGUUGAAAGAUUUCCGCUGAAAGUUGACAGAUCUCCAUCGAAUUCUAUCUGUCAAACGAGAAAUGUCAACCUCUGAACAAUAGGAAUUCGAUGAGAUUUUGUUUUCAUUUUGUUGGAAAGGCACAGUCAAAAUUGCUAUCCAAUGGUUGGAAACAAAAUUAUUGCAGCCAUUCGACCGGACGGCAAAGUCUAUUCAGUAAACAAUUCUAGUGGCACUAGCAGCAGUGCCACCACAAUACCAAGCAGUGUCCUUCAUCAUAAUCAUGGACAUUUUCCAGUGAAAAUUCGCGCAAAUUCAGGAAGCAGCCAAUACAACAUGAGUGACAACUCGGAAGUUUUCAUGAGCAACAAUCGACUCCAAGCGUCCGUAAUGGAUAUGGGAAAGAAAUUGUUGCAAUGCGCUCGUGAUAACGAUGUCGUUGGUGUUGAGAAAUUGAUAGCAAAGGGAUCACCAUUUGCUUCUGAUUGGCUUGGUAUGACGGCGAUUCACUUUGCAGCUAUGAAUGACGGCUAUGAGAUUUGUAAACUCCUCACUAGCACUGGAAUUAAUAAGGACGCUCGAACCAAGGUGGAUCGAACUCCUCUUCAUUUGGCAGCCUUUUAUGGACAUGAACGCAUUGUUAAGCUUUUGGUUGAAAGUCAAUGUGCUCUUAAUCCAAGAGAUAUGCUUCGAAUGACACCACUUCAUUGGGCAGUUGAAAAACGACACAAAGGAAUCGUUCGUCUGCUAAUCAAACAUAACGCUGAUGUUACGGCCAUUUCUAAAUUUGGUAAAACACCAAUUGCAUUGGCCGUACUUACAGAGCAACCUGAUAUUUUGCAAGAAUUGGAAGCUGCUAGACAAAUGCAACAAAGCAGAAAAUAUAAUGAACAACAUGAGAAGACACAGCGGAUUAAACUAAAAGAAACAAAUGAAGCUGUUAACUCUAUUAUGGGAAUUACAAAUGAUUAUGAACCAUCAGAAAAAAGAUUCCGAUUAAAUUCUGAAAGUGAUAAAGCAAGCAUUCAUUCUCAAGCAUUCAGCAUUGUUGAAAUACCAGAAAACAAAGAUGCAACAGUUCAAGAUAACCCAGCUGUUAAUCUCUUAAAAAGUCAUGGCAUAUCAAUUAUGAAUGAUGAUGAAGAUACAUCGAAUAACCUUCUGACAACCGCCCUGCAAAAUGGACGACAAUUGGUACUUUCAGAGGGUGGAAAGCUAUUGCUAAAUGAGGCAAAGAAAAUGAGUAAAACUCCAUUUACAGAUAGUAUCAAAUUACUUUCGAAUCCGCCAUCGCAACCCACACCGGUGGGCCUAGUGAAAAUAACCAAUAAACAAGGAGCUAAACAUAUAGAAACAAAAUUUCGCCCAAACAUAAUUCAUAAGCCAAAACCAACUUUUACAACACCAACGCCAAAAGAUGUAACAGGAAAAAAUAUUCGAAUAAUUUCACUCAAUGAUUUCAAAAAAAUCUAUGGAAAUGGCAAUAUAAAAUCCGUGCCAACUCCUAUCAACAAAUCUCAAGUGGUAAAAAUAAAAGCUCAAAAACCUCCAGCACCACAAAUCAAAGUAGAACAACCAGAAUUCGUCGAAUUCGAAUAUGACCCUCAAUAUGACGAUGAAGAAAGUGAUUUGCCUCCCAAUAUAAUCAAAGUCUCUGCCGAAAGUGACCAAGAAGAUUUUUCUGAUAUUGAAAACACGCAAACAGCAACAAUUCAUCCUCCUGCAGCAGCACCUCCAUCUCCCGAACCACCAGUACAAUCCACUUCCACUCAGAAUAAUGUUCGCUUUUCUUACGCCAAGUCACCAAAUAAGGUAGGAACACUGCCAGAACGAACACCAGUGAUUCCAUUGCUGACCAUACCCGAAAUCUGCCGGCAACUACUUGAGUUGCGUAAACAAAACGAUGAGUUGCGAAGAAAAUAUGAAAUUGCACAAAAAGAAAAAGAGGACUUUCGAAAUCGGUUGGAACGGCUGGAGAGUCUUUUAGUGGAAGAACAACCAAUCGAUGAUGUAACAGAUAUGUAGCAAAAGACGUGUCAAGUUAUUUGUUUUGUAAAUAUCUAUAAGGAAUUUGUUUUUUAAUCAUAAUCCUUAAGGACAAUUUAUCUUUCACGCCACGAGGUGAAGUUUUUGUUUUUUUUUUUUUUCAAUUAAUAAAUAAGAUUCUAGUUUGUAAAAUUAGAUUUAUAUUUUCAUAAAAAAUCCAUACAAACACUACUUACAGAUUUAUAUCUUUGCCAUAGGUCAUUUUAAAAAAAUGUUUAUAUGGAAUUGUUGAAAAAGAGUUUAGAGAGUCUAUAGACGUUUAUUUUCUACGAUUUUUUUUUACCUUUAAGAUGAUUUAUUAUUAUGAAAUACUGCUGUUUUUUUUUCUUUUCUUUUUUUUAAGGUAAAAUUUGAUUCUCUU